GCCGCAAGCCGAGGCCGCAAUCGAACCGAAUUUGCAAGCAGCGCUCGCAGCACUCAGUCAAGUGCUUUGCAACUACAAGAAGCGCACGUACGCGUGACAGCACCGGCUGCUUUUGCGUGCGACGCGCAAAAAAGUCCCCUCGCCUGUGGUCGCCUUUGCAAAGCUAAAGCAGCGACGGCGCGCAGCACCAGUGCCACAGCGCUCGGAAACAGAAUACCACAACCAUCACGAUGAAGUCCUCCGGCCUCCAGCGCACGUCGUCCAUGACGGCGAUGAUCGACCGCAAGAAGCGGCCGAUCGAACCCGCGUCGCAGCAGGCGCGCGCGCGCAUGCGCGAGUACGUCGAAGCCCACGGCGGUUCAAGUCCCAUCCACACCAUCCUCAUCGCGAACAACGGCAUGGCGGCCACGAAGGCCAUGCUUUCGCUCCGCGAGUUCGCUUUUGAUGUACUAGGAGACGCCAAGGCCCUGACCUUCGUGGCCAUGGCUUCGGGUCAAGAUUUGGACGCUAAUGCGGAAUUUGUACGAUUAGCUGAUAGAGUCGUAGAAGUCCCUUCGGGAUCGAACAAGAACAACUACGCGAACGUCGAGCUGAUCAUCGACGUCGCCGAACGAGAAGCCGUCGACGCGGUCUGGCCCGGCUGGGGCCACGCGUCGGAGUACCCGGAAUUGCCCGACGGCUUAGCGAAACGCAACAUCACGUUCAUCGGCCCCUCGGGCGGUCCGAUGCGGGCUCUGGGCGACAAGAUCGCCGCGUCCAUUCUAGCACAGACGGCGCGCGUGUCGUCGAUCCCUUGGUCUGGUGAUGGUAUUACUUGUGACCCGAAGGUCGUGAUUGAGACGGGCGCGAUCCCGCCCGAGCUCUUCCGUCGGUGCUCGGAGCAGAAAAGGACCUUUAACGUAACGGUGUCGCCGCGACGGCGUCGACGCGAUGCCGCCUCGCCUCGACGGCGUCGACGCGGCCGCAUGAGAGUCCACGCGUCUCGCGAACGAACGGACGCGGUUUCGCGACUGUAUCGAUCCACGCAGGCAAGGCCAUGGUCACGACGGAGGAAGAAUGCAUAGCGGCGGCGGAGCGCAUCGGCUACCCCGUCAUGUUGAAAGCUUCCGAAGGCGGCGGCGGCAAGGGCAUCCGCAUGAGCAAAGACGCCGCGGAACUUAGGAACAACUUCGUUCAGGUGACGAACGAAGUGCCGGGUGCGCGGCGGCGUCCCCUUCGACGCCAUCGACGCGACGCGGCGCCUGCUCGCAACAACAAACUCACGCUCGAACCACGCGCAGGCUCGCCCAUGUUCCUCAUGCAGCUCUGUAGUAACGCGCGGCAUCUGGAGGUGCAGAUCGUCGGCGACAAGCACGGCCAGGCCGUGGCAUUGAACGGGAGAGAUUGUAGCACACAAAGGCGCUUCCAGAAGAUCUUCGAGGAGGCUCCGGCGGCCAUCGCCGACCCGGGCGUGUUUCGCGAGAUGGAGCUCGCGGCGAUGCGCUUGACGCAGUCCAUCGGCUAUUCAGGUGCCGGUACGGUCGAGUACCUCUACCACGCGGCCACGAAAAAAUACUAUUUCCUGGAACUGAACCCGAGACUCCAAGUCGAGCACCCCUGCACGGAGGGCAUCACGGACAUCAACAUGCCCGCGACGCAGCUGCAGGUGGCCAUGGGCAUUCCGUUGCACCGCAUUCCGCACAUCCGACGGUUUUAUGGGUUGGAAGAUGUCCAUGGAAGUUCAACGAUUGAUUUCCAUGAGGUUAGAUAUCCUAAAAUAACGAAGCACGUCAUCGCCGCGCGCAUCACGGCGGAAAACCCUGAUGAAGGGUUCAAGCCGACGUCCGGGUCCAUAGAAAGGGUCAAGUUCCAGUCGACGCGCAACGUCUGGGGCUACUUUUCGGUCGGUGCGAAUGGAGGCAUCCACGAGUUCGCCGACUCGCAAUUCGGGCAUAUCUUUGCUUCGGGUGCGACGCGCGAGAUCGCGCGGCGCCAUCUAGUACUGGCGCUGAAGUCUGUGGAGAUCCGAGGUAAAAUUCGAAACCCCGUCGAGUACCUCGUGGAAUUGCUCGAGACGGACGCCUUCAAGGCCAACGAUAUACAUACGGGGUGGCUCGAUGGUAUAUUACGAGCUAAGAGUAUAGCGGUGCCGACGAACACGCCUCGCUUAGUACUCGCGGCGGUGUUGUACCGGUCCCACCAGUUCGUCAAGUCGAAACGGGAGGAAUUAGAAGCGUCUUUGGCGAAGGGCCAAUUAUCAACGGUUCUCGUGAAAGAUUUGACGGCCUUCUCCCAGACCAUUACGUACGAGGGUUUGAAAUAUGACUUCUUGGUUCAGAAGAGCGGCCCGGAAGUCUUCUCGUUGCGCUUGAAUGAUCAGAGCAUCACGGCGAAGGUCCGGGAGCAGCCCGAUGGUUCAUUGUUGUGCGCCUUUGGGGGUGCUACUCGCAAGGUCCACGGUCUAGAGGAACCUCUCGGUUUAAGAAUCAUCUGCGACGGCGUCACGUGUCUCAUGCCUACUAUUUUUGACCCGUCCGAGCUACGUACUGAUGUGACGGGUAAAGUCGUACGCUACCUCCAGGAGGACGGCACUCAUUUAGAUGCGGGCGCUCCCUACGUCGAAGUGGAAGCCAUGAAGAUGAUCAUGGCCCUGAAGACGGGCGAGGCCGGUAAAUUUAAUCACCUGAAGCCGCCUGGUAGCAUUAUUUCCGCUGGUGAUUUGUUAGCUAAACUGGAACUAAGCGACCCGUCGAAGGUGGCCAAGGUCGAACCGUACCAAGGAGCGUUUGAUGACAUCCUGGACAUCGUCGAGGAGGACGAAACGGCAGCGGACAAAUGUGCUUUACUGUUAGAUGGCUUCGAGAGAGGCGAUCCUACGACCCUAGCGAAGGAUUUGACGGACGACAACGUCAACGUUGUUGUGGAUGAGGCGGCGCAACUCCUCCAGCGGUAUCUAGUGGUAGAGUCGCGGUACGCGGGACGGCCGAUGGACGCCGUGGUCCAAGAGCUCGUCGCCGAACACAAGGAGGACCUGACGAAGGCCAUCGACGUCGCGAGAGCCCACUCGCAGCUCAAACAGCGCACGGUGCUCUGCCAGCAGAUCCUGAAGGAGUUAUUGCAGAUUUAUGCGAACAGGCGGGCGUCUGGUGUCGACCCGGCGCCGAUGACUCUGGUGAGUGCUUUAGCGCAGCUCGCCGCUCUUCCCGGAGAUGCCUACGGCGACUUAGCUUUGUUGGCUUUGCGGGUCUCGUUAGUUGCGAAUGAUGAAGCUCCCACGCCUCGCACCUUAGAUACGCGGUUGUUCGACAAAGCGUCACUCACGCGGGGCUACGCUCUCAUCGAGUUGGAGACGGGUUCGGCAGCAGCUACUGCAUUCUUAGGUAACCUAUCUGUCGAAACUCCUUCCAAAUUGACGAAGCCCGGGAGAGGCGGCGAGCCGCCCGUCGUCUUCGUCUUCUUCUCGGCGGCGUCGGACGCGUUUUUGGGGGGAGCCAAGACCGUGCAGGCCGCGUUAGAGAACGUGCUGGAGGCGCUAGCUUUAGCGAGGAGGGACGCGAAGGUGCCCGUGACGUCCUCUUCCUCGGUUGUUAUCCGCUUCCCGGGCGGCUGGGGCCACGUGGAGCCCGAGAACGGUUUGAAAGCUUUAGAUGCGGCGGCCUUUGCGGUGGCUGCUCGGUUAGCUUCGUUACAUGUUGAUGCCUUGUCCGUGCGAGUGGGAUCGCAAGAUUUAAGCAUGGCCGCGCCGACCUCGACGGACUGGCCCACCUUUAAAUCGGUCUCCAAGGAGCAGGCCGACGUCUUCUCGCCGUCGCCGUUAGCGAAGAGACGCGCCACCGCUCGUAGGGCCGGCUCGACCUUUUGCUAUGAUUUUGUUGGUUUAUUUGCAAGAGAAGUGACCAAGGAGGGCGGCGACGCCUUCGUCGCCGACGAAUUGGUGUUGCAGGGAGAUGCCUUAGAGACGCAAGCGCGAGAACCGGGUCAAAAUGACUGCGGCAUGGUCGCGUGGCGUUGUGCUGCGUCUACCAAGGAGUAUCCGGAAGGAAGAGAAUUUGUGGUGGUAGCCAACGACGUGACGUACCAGUCCGGUUCGUUUGGUGUCAAGGAGGACGCGUUCUACGCGAAGGUGUCGCAGUACGCCCGGGCCCAGGGCCUACCUCGCAUUUACGUCGCGUGCAACUCUGGUGCUCGCAUCGGUUUGGCGGAUGAACUGAAGCCGAAGUUCCGGGUGGCCUGGGUCGACGAGAAGAACCCCCAGGCCGGCUACCAUUACCUGUAUUUGACGGCUGCCGACUACCAGGCGCUACCUUCCGGUAGUGUGCAGGGGAAAUUGGUCGGCGAGCGCUUCGUGUUAGAUGCUGUGGUUGGAGAAAAAGAUGGCAUCGGCGUCGAGAAUUUGAGGGGUAGCGGUACCAUAGCUGGAGAAACUUCUCGAGCCUACGCGGACGCCUUCACGCUGUCGUACGUUACCGGAAGAAGCGUUGGUAUUGGGGCCUACCUCAAUAGGUUGACGCGGCGCGUCAUCCAGAUGAAACAGGGCCCCAUCAUUCUGACGGGCUACCAAGCCUUGAACAAGCUUUUGGGGAGGGAGGUGUACACGUCGCAGGAUCAAUUAGGAGGCCCGCAAGUCAUGCACCCGAACGGUGUUUCUCAUUUAACGGUGGAGUCCGACGUGGAAGGCGUCGCGGAGAUCAUGCGCUGGUUGUCCUUUGUCCCGAGAGUCAAGGGCGCGCCGCCCGCAAUUCUGAGUUGCGCCGACCCGAUUGAUCGGCCCGUGGAGUUCGUGCCCACGAAGGCGCCCUACGACCCGCGGCACAUGCUGGCCGGUGCCACUACUGAUGGAAGAUUCUUACCGGGUUUCCUCGACGUGGGCUCGUUCAAGGAGUACCUCGCGGGCUGGGGCAAGUCGGUGGUUGUUGGUAGAGGUAGGUUGGGCGGCGCCCCGGUUGGUGUGGUAGCCGUCGAAACUAGACUAUCAGAGCAGCGCGUGCCCGCGGACCCGGCGAACCCCGACUCGACGGAGGUGAUCAUGCCGCAGGCGGGGCAGGUCUGGUUCCCGGACUCGGCCUACAAGACGGCUACCGCCAUCCGCGACUUUUCGGGCGAGAAUUUACCGACGAUCAUCUUCGCGAACUGGCGCGGGUUCAGCGGCGGCACGCGCGACAUGUACGGCGAGGUCCUCAAGUUCGGCGCCAUGAUCGUCGACGCGCUCGUCGAUUGCAGCCAGCCGGUGUUCGUCUACGUGCCGCCGCACGGCGAACUUAGAGGAGGGGCCUGGGUCGUCGUGGACCCGACGAUCAACGCCGCGAAGAUGGAGAUGUACGCCGAUGUUGAUAGUAGAGGCGGCAUCCUCGAGCCGCCGGGCAUCUGCGAGAUCAAGUUCCGGACGGCGGACCGCGUCAAGGCCAUGCACCGUUUGGAUUCAAAGCUCAAGGCCAUGGACAUGAACGCCGACGAGAACGCCGAGGCCAUCGCGAAGCGCGAGGAGGCCCUCGCGCCGACGUACCUGGGCGUGGCCCACGAGUUCGCCGACUUGCACGACCGGGCGGGCCGCAUGAAGGCCAAGGGCGUCAUCCGCGACGUCCUGUCGUGGCCGCGGUCACGCGCUUACCUGGCGAAGCGGCUGAAGCGGCGCCUCGCCGAGGACGCGCUGCGGGCGCGCUUCCGCGGCCUCUCCGAGGACGCGGUAUCAUCAAAGCUCCGGGCGCUGGCCGGGAGCGCCUACGACGACGACACGGCCUUCGUGACGUGGAGCGCGGGCACGGCGGCCCGCGUCGCCGUCGACGCGGCCGUGAACGAGGCCGCGGUCGCGGCCGUCCAGUCCGAGGUGAAGGCGCUGGUCGCGGACCUGGCGCCGUCGGCGCGCGCGCGGGCGCUCGCGUCCGUGGUCAUGUGAUGAGGCCCCUCCCCGUGCACCCCCCCUCCCCCCGACGAGCACGGCGUCAUUUUGUUCCCUCUCCCCUUCCCCGACGUAACAAGUUACGGUAGUA